GUGAAGGAAAAAAGGUGAACAUUUAUGUCAAAAAUUUCAAGGCUGUUUUGUGAUGAUUUUAAUUAAUAUAAACGUAAAAAGUAUUCUAACAAAACUUAUGUUUUGACGUCGGUUUAGGUUUUGUGUUUUGUUAUACAGGAGAAAUAAAAUAGUUGUCUUGCAGUGAAAGGUUCAAAACAAAGAAUUAUUAUUGUUGUUAACAUGGGUUAUUAUUGCACUGUUCCACAAUGCACUUCGUUGGCCGGCAAGACGAAGAACGUGAAAUUCCACCGAUUUCCCCGCGACGAUGCAAUGGCUAUGAAAUGGAAUGUUAUUUUAAAACGAAUGAAACCAAUUACAAAAUAUUCAAAAGUGUGCAGUUUACAUUUUACACAAGCGGAUUAUAAUGUCACUACUAUGGGUAAGAAUAAAGGUCAAUGGAAGACUUUGAGCAAAGACGCAGUACCGACACAGAAUUUACCAAAACUAAAUCCAGAUGGCACAGUUAUGGUGAUUCGUAAGAGUCGGACGAGUGUUAAAUAUAAAGGCGAUAAGAAGGAUGAGAACAGCCAAUGCCACCAAGAAUACUACCCUAUUGAAAAAGAGAAGUUGUCAAUGGGUAGUCAAACUGUGAAGACAGAAAUGAUGAGCCCAGAUCCAACCACAGAACCACAAAGAGUUAUUGCACCACAAUCAUCAAUAUUAGCCAGCCGCCUACAAGGGUUAAAUUCUCCGGAGAAACCAAAAACCCAAGAUGCAAUAAUGCAAACGGAUCCCUUAACAGAUGAUGAAAGCCCCAUCAAAUAUGAAUCACCCAAAUAUGUGUAUCCAGACGACUAUUUAAAAAACAAAGAGUAUUUACCACAGACAACAGAGGAAUAUAAUAAAGAAGCGGAGAAAUAUGCGUUGGAGAGAAAGAGCAGUACGUUUGACAGUUUUCAGAAAACUGUCGAUUUUUCAAAGGAGAAAAAUCAGGAAAGUUUUGGUAAAGAUGUCUAUCAAAAGAUUGAUUAUGACCUCUAUUAUCAAGAUAGUGCUGAGAUGUUGAGGAAUCAACAACAAAACAUACAGAUGUUACAGGAACAACAUAGAAUGAAUGAAAAUCAGAAUUUCUUCGACGAGAAUCAUAUAAAGCAAGAAGUUGAGGUCUAUGCAGAGGAAGACAAAUUCUUUGAAGGCAAGGAGAGAGCUGAAGACCCAUUAUACGAGAAUCACAGCAUUAUGCAACAGACAGAAGAGGAAGUCAAACAGGAACCGGAAAAUAGUAAUAACAAUGCUAGCGAAACAGUAAUGCAGUCGCAGCAAUUUUUCAACACACAUGAUCAGAUACCAGAUCCAUUGUACAUAAGUCGACCAGGCCCUGAGCUGUUGAUCGCGAAGCAAAACGCUUUAGCUGCGCACGCACAGUUAUGGCAAAACACAAAGAAGCGACCAUUCUUCUACAGUGACAACAAUCAGUGUACUACUACACCACUAAUGCAUCGGUAUGAGGAUUUAUCGCGAAUCCUUCAGUGAAAGUCAUUCCUCGUAACCUAUCUGACAGAUUCGGUUUCAUUUCUUUUUUCAUUUUCUCCUCAAUUUGUACAACAUUCCGCCAUUUUUAUAUAUAUAUUUAAAAUUAUUUGGCUGUAUUUUUGUAAACUUGUAACAAAUUCGUAAACGUGUAUAUACAGUAACAACUUUAAUUUCCGGGUAAUAUUUUUGGUAUUUUUUAUUUAAAGCCGAUCUUGUCAGACUUCAAUCUCUUAAGUUUUUUUGUGUGAUAUACAUAGAUGAUAGUUUAUUGUAAUUUACUGUAUGGGGAUCAAUUUUUAUACAAGGACGUAGCUAUGUACGUAACAUCAGAAAUAUAAAUACAUAAAUUACGUAAAAUCAUAGAAAAAUGUUAAUAUCAUUUGCAAAAAUUAACAUUAAUUUGCAGAUAAUUUGUAGUAUUUUUUUUUCAUCCUCAAAAUUUAAAUAAUAUUAUUUUGUUGGUCGUUGCUACGUCCUAAAUACAAUAUUUUUAUUUAACCACAAUAUACUAAGACAUCUUUAUUUUAUAGAAAAAGUAAUAGUUUGAAUUUUGCAUUUUCUACUAUCGACAUUGACAGAUGUCAAUGUCACUUUUGAAGGCCUAGCGAAUCUGUCAAGGGAAGAACCAAAGUAAGUUGUUAGAAAGACCAUAAACUACAGAGUCUCCCUAGCAGCUUAGCAAUGUGGUGCCAUUUUUUAAUUACCUAAACCGUAAUAAGUCUUGUUUUAAUAUAUGAAAUGGAACUUCUUAAAAAACGUUACACGAAUUUAGGUUCUUCUAGUUAACAAAAAUGGUCUGAGAGCCGAAAUAUAGAAUCAAAAAUAUACCGGAAUUCGAUUUUACACAUUAUUCUCUAAAGGUAAUAUUCGUGAGACGAAUUGCAACAUUUUCAUACACACUUUAAAAAUAAUAAAAUUGUGAUAUAAAGAGGAAACAAUGAGUUUUUGAAAAGUUUCAUUUCUAUUACGUGUACAGUGUUGCACGGGCAAUUUUUAUAAAUAGUUACCAGUUAGAUUCUUAUUGCAUUUUAUAUGCUGGCAUCAUUUUUGACAUAGCAUUUUUUCGACAGUUGGCAAUAUUUAUAGCUUUUUUUACAAAUAAUGCUUUAUCAUAAAUGAUGCGACUUUUGGAAGAGUACACCUGGGCGGUGAUAUAUCGAAUUUAAGAAUAAUGUAUAAUUUUAGAUUAAGUAUUGUCACAAGAAAGAACUAAAUUUUUUAAAUCUUGCCAAAGUUUUAGGCCACAUGUAAAUAUGAAAAAUUAAUAUAUUUAAGUUAUUUUUUUUUUUGGCGUAUUUGCAGUUGAUAUUUUAUAUUUUUUUGGUGCUGUUAUUUUAUAUAUUUUAUAAUCAAGUACAAUUGAACGCACAUCUCUUGCUUGGUUUCUGUUUUUAAUUUUUUUUUUAUUUAUUUAGAAAGUUCUGUCAAUAACAAAUGCGAUGCGGGCAUAAUAUAUUUUUGAAUUUUUUGAGGAUAAAAAUCAAUAGUAGUAAUACGGCGUUGAAAGAGAUUCUUUUAAAUCAACUUCAUCAAAUUAUUCUUGGCUUGUGUAUUAAUCGUCAAAAAUAUAGUUUUUAAAUUAUUGAUUACAUAGAUAAUUUAGAAUGCAGGAAAGAUAAAAUAUAUUUUCAGUAUGACAAAUCGAUGUUUUUAAAUCCACAGGCCAAAGCUAACGAAUUUUACUCUAUGGAUAGAAGUUUGCAACAAAUUUGAUUAUUUGCUUGCGUCGUGUGGGAACGAAAUUUUAUUAUGUUAUAAUUUAUUAUUUGGUAGCUUGUGGAGUAAAAUUCUGUUCAUAUAUACUCUGGAUUUACUGAUUGUAUUUAUUGUAAUGGAUAGUUUGCAAAUUAUCUGUGAAUAUUUGUAAAGAUAAAGUUACCAGCUGUCAUUUUUUAAAGAAACAUGGUGACCUUCAUAUUUCCAACUUACGAUUUUUGAAAUAAUCUAUAAUUCAAGUUUAUAUAUUAUAUAUACUUUAUACACAUUCUUAAAUAAAUAUUUAGUUUUUUUUAUUCAAAAGACUAUUUUUAGGCGCGAACUGAAAAUUCAGUGUCACUUAUUUGACACUUAUCUUUAGUACAGUUUUCCAUAGUUUUGUCAAUUGUCAAUACUCCGACUCUGGUAGUAGUAGAGGAGUUUCUGUUUUCUAUGAAUAGUAUUGGAAAUGAUCUAUUGCCAUUAAAUAGUAUUAGCCAACGAAAUCUACUCAUCGAUUUUACGUUAUGUUAAAGGUACUGUAAACAGACUUAGUUGGACAGACAGAGUUUUUAUACCCGGACAAAAAUACGUAGAAAUAUUUAAUUUUAAGUUGGUUAUAUGAAGAGUACAAUAUAUAUAUCAAAGAACGUUAUUUUAUGAACGUGUAGUUUAAGAUAGUUAAGAUGUUACGCGCUAGAAUUUUUUGUUUACAUAUUUUUUACGUCAGUGGCCAUUUGAAAUAAAUAAU